GGCAUCUUGGCGCGACGCUUGGCGCGACGCCGCGGGCCUCGAUCUUGCUAGCCAUUUGAAAGCGCCCCCCACUGGGCGACCCUUCACACAUCUUCUAUCUCCCGUCUGCCGCGGCGGAGCCGCGAUCUGGGCUGCCCCACAUUGCUCUCAUGGGUGAGCGCUUUAAUUUGCGUGCGCCCGGUGCGGGCCGCGCUGAGGGGCUGGGGCUGCGAUACAUCGAGCGCACGAGAGCCUCUGACCGUCGGCUAUGAGCGGCAGCUCCGCUCGCGCUUCGCCGCCUGCCGUGGGGGCGCUUGCAGCAGGACAACCCAGCAUCACCCCUGAAGUCGGCGCGCUCGCAGCGCGGGUCGACGCUCUUCGACCGGAGAGUCCGACCUCGGUCGCCGCAGUCGAUGAGGAGACCGAUGAAGGAAUGCCCCCUCUCGAAGACAUGCCCCCUCUCGAAGACCAGAGCGAAGAUCUCGAAACAUCCCUUGGCCGGCACGAUGUGACCGUCAUCAGCCACUCGGCGGUACGCAACAUUCGUUGCGAAUCAUGUCAGCGAUUGGUGCAUCACGCCCUCGGCAUUACGACUCGCGGGUUUCUUUGUGCAUCAUGUAACAGCGGGCUGCGCAGCUCGGACUUCGCCUUAGCUCACCUCGAGGGGUUCGGCCACGUGCACGCCGCGGAUGCUAACCCCAUGAACAUGAGCUUCCUGCAAUCCAGCGCGUCGCCGUGCCACUGCUAAUCUAUCGUUUGGUUCUGCGCAAGACCUUCUCGCAACCCCUCGCAGUGCACACGGAUCCGGCGCCCUCUGGAAUAACCUCUGUGGCACCGCCUCCACGCGAUUGCGUGCACUUCUGGUCGCAAGCCUAGAUGGGUAUGCAAAGAAAUGUAGCUGGCGAGCCGAUCUGGCGGGCUACCACUAACAAGGGAGUGACCGUCGCUGCAAUAUAGGUCUGCCGGACUCGUAGGUGAAGGUAGGUGCAGGGGUAUAAAUACUAUACAUAUCAGAUGUCCUUUAAGUAUAAACAAGAACA